GAAGCAAUCUGAAAUAUUUGCAAGAAGAAAAGUUUUGUUAGGCUUCCGUACGAUUUUAUACUAAAGCUUUUAUUAGCUGAUAAGUUGAUUUUAAAUUAUGGGGAAAGGUUUUCAAGUAGUUGUGGUGAGAGAUUAUGAUCCAAGCAGAGACUUAAAGAGAGUGGAAGAGCUUGAGAAAAGCUGUGAAGUCGGGUCUUUAUUAGUUGAUCUCAUGGGUGACCCGCUUGCUCGGAUCCGACAAUCUCCUUCUUUCUACAUGCUGGUGGCUGAGAUCGAUACUGAGAUAGUUGGGAUGAUCAGAGGAACGAUCAAGACAGUGACACGCGGUGGAAAUGCAUUACACGAUGGCAAUUCACCGGUAAUAAGCACCACCAAACUCGCCUUCGUCUCCGGCCUCCGAGUCUCUCCGUACUACAGGAGGAUGGGAAUUGGAUUGAAAUUGGUCCAAAGGCUCGAAGAUUGGUUUCGACUAAACGACGCCGCUUACGCAUACGUGCAAACGGAAAACGACAACGCAGCUUCGGUCAAACUCUUCACCGAGAAAAGCGGUUAUUCCAAGUACCGAACACCUACUUUCCUGGUCAACCCUGUCUUUAACCACCGAGUCACAGUCUCACGCCGAGUCAAAAUCAUCAAAGUCGAUCCCUCCGACGCCGAGUCAAUCUACCGCAACCGGUUCUCCUCCACCGAGUUUUUCCCUUCGGACAUCAACUCAAUCCUCACCAACAAACUCUCUUUAGGCACUUUCCUGGCCGUGCCACGUGGCAGUGACUACGUUUCCGGGUCUCUACCCGGGUCAUGGGCAGUUAUAAGUAUCUGGAACAGCAAAGAAGUGUACAAGCUUCAAGUUCAAGGGACUUCUCGUCUCAAACGCACAUUAGCGAAGACGACGCGCGUUUUAGACGGCGCGUUACCGUUUCUGAAGAUCCCGUCGUUUCCUAAUCUUUUCAAGCCAUUCGCCAUGCAUUUCUUGUAUGGUAUCGGCGGAGAAGGGCCACAGGCCGCGGAGAUGGUGGAGGCGCUUUGUUCACACGCUCAUAACAUAGCUAAAAAGAGUGGCUGCGCCGUUGUGGCUGCUGAAGUGGGGAGCUGUGAGCCACUCAGAGCUGGUAUCCCUCACUGGAAGGCUCUCUCGCCGGAGGAUUUGUGGUGCUUGAAACGUCUCCGAGAUGAUGAUGACGGUGUAGACUGGACUAAGUCAACGCCUGGAUUGUCCGUUUUCGUUGACCCUAGAGAUUUAUAAUGAUUUGUUUAUGAUAUCAUUAGAGGAAUCUAAACACUAAACACAAGAAUUGAAAUUACAAAAUCCGAGACUAAGUCUUUAGUGUUAUAUAUACUCGAUUACUCUCCUUACGCUUUUAGUUUUAUCUGUAAUUUCAUACUCGAUCAAGUGUAAAUAAACUGGUUUACAAACA